CAGACGCCGUCAUUACUCUCAAGUAGUGUGAUUUGUUUGUGAGACUUUUAUCACUGCCGCCACGGUAAAUUCGGUGGUGAACCUUCUCGAUUCGUUCAUCGUCGUACGGAGAUAGGAGAUUCUGAAACUUUGACGGAAUCUUAGGGCUCAUACUGUGUUAUUACCUCCUCGCUGAUUGAUUUUUCUCUCUAUCGGAGUAAUUUAUUGUGUUGGUGGUGGUUCAUUGAUGGCUUCGGAGGAUGUGAAGACGAGCGAAUCGGCAGCGGUUUCGACGAUCGUUAAUCUGGCGGAGGAGGCGAAGUUGGCGAGGGAGGGAGUCAAGGCUCCGAGCUACGCCGUUCUCAGUGUUUGCAAGUCUCUCGUCGCUGGCGGCGUUGCUGGUGGAUUGUCUCGCACUGCAGUUGCACCCCUGGAAAGGUUAAAGAUUCUCUUACAGGUCCAAAACCCACAUAGCAUAAAAUAUAAUGGAACAAUUCAAGGAUUGAAGUAUAUUUGGAAGACAGAAGGCUUUCGUGGGCUGUUCAAAGGAAAUGGUACCAACUGUGCUCGUAUAGUUCCGAAUUCAGCCGUCAAGUUUUUCAGCUAUGAGCAAGCUUCGAAGGGAAUAUUAUACAUGUACAGGCAGCAGACAGGAAAUGAGAAUGCUCAGCUCACUCCAGUUUUACGCCUUGGAGCUGGUGCAACCGCUGGAAUAAUAGCUAUGUCUGCAACAUAUCCAAUGGAUAUGGUGCGGGGAAGGCUAACUGUCCAGACUGCAAACUCUCCUUAUCAAUAUAGAGGAAUAUUCCAUGCUUUGUCAACUGUUCUGCGAGAGGAAGGACCACGUGCCUUGUACCGUGGUUGGCUUCCAUCAGUGAUUGGAGUGGUUCCAUAUGUGGGCUUGAACUUUGCAGUGUAUGAAUCACUAAAAGACUGGCUAGUAAAAGCAAAUCCAUAUGGGCUGGCACAAGAUUCGGAAUUGAGCGUGACGACAAGGCUUGCAUGCGGUGCUGCAGCUGGAACAGUAGGCCAGACAGUUGCCUAUCCGCUUGAUGUUAUUCGUAGAAGAAUGCAAAUGGUUGGGUGGAAGGAUGCUUCUUCAGUUGUUACUGGGGAUGGAAGGGGCAAGGCUUCUCAUGAAUACAGCGGCAUGAUCGAUGCGUUCAGGAAAACAGUUCGUCACGAGGGCUUUGGAGCACUGUACAAGGGAUUGGUUCCCAAUUCAGUGAAGGUUGUACCAUCGAUUGCGAUAGCAUUUGUGACAUAUGAGGUGGUGAAGGACUUGUUAGGAGUCGAGUUUAGGAUAUCAGACUGAACUGAAACUGAAGCUUGGAUUCAUAAUCACCCACCCGUUAUUUCUUGGAAACGGACUUCUGUUUUUUUAGCCGACAGGGAAAGAAAUAGAAGUUCAAUUAUAGGCAGAAUUCAUCCCCUUCGAGCCGUUCAAAGGACAAGCCUAGCCGAACUGUUUAAACGUUUUGUUUUGUUUUGUUUUUUUUGCCAGUUGUCUGUUUUGUUUCACUUGUUAUCAAAUUGUAGCUUCUAGUUGCUGGAGUAAUAAAUAAGUCACUGGCUUGACUUGAACUAUAACCGUAGGAACCGAAGAAAAAUGUUUCUCGUUAUGGAGGAUUAAUAUUUGCCUGCUCUUGUGUUUCA